AGGCAGCGGAGAGUGAGCAGAACGCCAUACCAUGAUCUUAUUUACCCGUCUCCUGGCCGUUUCCCUUCUCCUGGUCUCCGGGGCCUUUGCCAAGUUUCAGGAGUUUGACGACAGCGAUGAUGUAGCAGAGUAUGACGACAACGACUUUGCCGAGUUCGAGGACGCUGCGGAUGAGGCGCCCACCCUACGCCCUCCAAGCCAGCAAGUCCCAGAGAAAGAGGACGAAAUUGAGGAUGAUGAUGAAGAGGAGGAGGAGGCGACAGUAGAGCUGGAGGGACAAGAGGAAUUCGAGGAGGAUACAGAAGGACAGGAAAGCGACGCCGACGCUGAACCGUAUGAUGAUGAAGAGUUUGAGAAUUAUGACGACAGGUUGGAUACCGGGACUCCAAACAAGAAUAACGACCCGAUUACCAUCGUGGAUGUUCCUGCUCACCUACAGAACAGCUGGGAGAGCUAUUACAUGGAGAUCCUUAUGGUGACUGGGCUGUUGGCCUACAUCAUGAACUACAUCAUUGGCAAAAACAAAAACAGCCGGCUAGCACAGGCCUGGUUCAACUCUCACAGGGAGCUCCUGGAAAGCAACUUCUCUCUUGUGGGGGAUGAUGGAAUGAAUAAGGAUGCUGUAAGUACAGGAAUGCUGAACCAGGAGAAUGAUCACAUCUAUAAUAUGUGGUGCUCAGGGAGGCUGUGCUGUGAGGGCAUGCUGAUUCAACUCAAGUUUAUUAAGCGCCAGGACUUACUUAAUGUGUUGUCUCGUAUGAUGCGCCCCGUGUGUGAUCAAGUGCAAAUAAAAGUGACAAUGAAUGACGAAGACAUGGACACGUACGUUUUUUCUGUGGGGACUCGGAAAACGCUGAUCAGGUUGCAAAAGGAGAUGCAGGACUUGAGUGAAUUUUGUGGUGACAAACCUAAAUCUGCUGCUAAGAUGGGUCUUCCUGAGUCCAUGGCCGUCCUUGCUGAGAUGGGGGAGGUGACAGACGGUAUUAUGGAUACCAAGAUGGUUCACUAUCUCACAAAUUAUUCCGAUAAAAUAGAGUCCAUCCACUUCUCUGACCAGUUCUCCGGUCCAAAGAUCAUGCAAGAGGAAGGGCAGCCACUAAAACUCCCAGAGACCAAGAAAACUCUUCUGUUUACAUUUAAUGUGCCUGGUUCUGGAAAUGCAUCUGUGAAAGAUAUGGAGGCCCUUCUACCACUGAUGAAUAUGGUGAUUUACAGUAUUGAUAAGGUUAAAAAAUUCCGUCUAAACCGAGAGGGGAAGCAAAAAGCUGACAAGAAUCGUGCCCGAGUCGAAGAAAACUUCCUGAAGAUCACUCACGUACAACGCCAGGAGGCGGCUCAGACCCGCCGUGAAGAGAAGAAGCGGGCAGAGAAAGAACGCAUCAUGAACGAGGAGGAUCCUGAGAAACAACGGCGUCUAGAGGAAGCUGCUCAGCGUCGAGAGCAAAAGAAGAUAGAAAAGAAGCAAAUGAAGAUGAAGCAGAUCAAAGUAAAAGCCAUGUAACUUGUCCAAAUAAUCCCUCCAGUAUCAGGAGAGCAGGUGGAAGCAGCGCACAGUAUAGGAAGGCAACAGAUUUGAUAUCCACACUAAUGUACAGUCUGGAAUCCUUCUUUUCUUGUAUUCUAUAGGUGUCCUCAAUUCUGACACGGGUGCCCUUGUGUCUUCAAUAGCCGUGUAUUGCAACACCUAAUUCCAGGUUGUCUAUUUUACUAUUUUAUAUGCCUGGAAUGGGCUGAAACACAUAUCAGGAAUAAAGUACGGUAAAGGGGAAGUGUUACUGUUGUAGUGAUACACUGACAAUAAUUAUCCGAUGCUCUAAGAUUUACAAUAAAAAUGAAACCCUUCAGUCAGAUCAGAUUCAGUACGGUCACCGAAGCCUAUAAAAUAUCCUGCUGGAGUUAUUUUGGAUGUCAUUUUAUUUUUUUUUUAAAUGGUUUGUUUUAAUCAAGAUAAUUAGCAUAAAGUGUCCACUAAUUCCCCUUUCCUAUUCAGCCAAGAAUGGGUGCAGCUUUAUGCAGCCUGGAAGUUAGAAUUUGAUAGCACACAAGAACAUUAUUAGAUUAUGGGCUUAGAAUGGUUUUUUUUUUUUCUAUUUUGAUAGGAAUGUCCCCCCGGUUCAGAGUUUAUAUAUAAUAUUAGUACUUAAGUUAUCGAAACAUUAUGAAAGAUAUGACCCGUAAAAGGAGUGGUAUUAUUAUUAUUGUAUAUUAUUUACAAGGAGUCUUAAAGGUUGCUUUUCAAGGAGCUGUAGCCAUUGUUAAGAUUGGCUUACUUAAAUGGGUUGUUCACCUUCAAACACUUGUUUCAGAUUGUUCACCAUAAACAAAGACUUUUUCCAAUCACUUUCUAUUUGUGGCCGGUUUUCUGAUAUUGAAGUGUAAAGUUUUAUUUUCACCUUCUAAAGCAGCUCUGGGGGGGGGGGGGUCGGCGACUUUUUAACUGAUCUAAAUUGAUACAUUUAGUUGAUACAUUUGUUAUUUUUGUCCCUGCUGAGCAGAAUCCCUGAGUUUCAUUACAGGCACCUGUUAGACUUGAUACAAUAGUUGCUAAUAUUCCACAGAUGCUGCUGAGAAAUGUAUCAACUAAUUGUACCAAUUAAAUGUAUCAAAUUGUUACAGUUCAGAGUCUUCUUUUUGGAUCACUGAGCUGCCAGACAAACACUAUAGACAGGAACAUUCAACUUUAAACUUACAUUUUGGGAAAAUGGUAAAAAAAA